AUGUUAGUGGGACUUUUCGAAGCAGGUAUAAUUCCUUGCAUCAAUGUGUACUUGAGUAUGUUGUACACAAAAAAAGAAGUUGCAAAAAGGUGUGCAGCCGUUUAUUCUGCAGGUGCCGUCUCUGGAGCAUUUGGAGGUUUAUUGGCUUACGGGUUGACUAAAAUUAAUACCGAUAAAUGGUCCGGAUGGCAGUUUUUGUUUGCCGUGGAAGGUGGUUUGACCAUAUUGGCAGCUCCGGUGAUCAUGUUCCUUCUUCCUCGUAACGCGAGGGAAGCUUGGUGGCUCAAUAAGGAAGAGAGAAAAGUAUUGACCACCCGAUUGGCAACUUACUCUGAUUUUCACCAAGAUGAAAAAUUUAUGUGGUCUGAGGUUGCUAGAGGAUUGAUGGAUAUCAACACCGUUUUGGUAUGCCGCUAUCAGUUUUGUGUGGAUGUCACUUUGUUUGGAAUAUCAACCUUCUUGCCCUCGAUUAUUCUUGGUAUGGGGUUACGAUUCGUAUAA